AGAAGACGCCCACCCAAACGCAGCAGCAGAAGAAGAAGCUUGUCAGAGAAACGUAGUUGAAUUUAUCCAAUGCCAGGCUAGCGUCGUGCAGGUGUCGUAGGAAAUCAUAUGCUGCGAAAUAGAGGGAAGGUCGUAUUAAACACUGUUUAAUAAACAGUUCCUGACAGAGACAGACCCCGCUUUCGACAACAUGGAGAAACAGUUGCAUUUAAACCUGUUACCCUCCAGACCUCCGAUGGCAGGUGGUUUCCAGUCAGGCGGCUCCAAAAUGAAAAUGGGACCUGGACGGAAGAGAGAUUUCUCCCCCCUGCUCUGGAGUCAGUACUUUGAAACCAUGGAAGAUGUUGAGGUGGAAAAUGAAAAUGGCAAAGAUAUUUUCAGACUUUACUGCAGUGGUGCCAAUGGUCCCGUGCUGCUUCUGCUCCAUGGAGGAGGCCACUCUGCACUCUCCUGGGCUGUGUUCACUGCCGUCAUAUGCAGCAGGAUCCACUGCAGGGUGGUGGCUAUGGACCUGCGCGCUCAUGGUGACACCAAAGUGAAAAAUCCUGAUGAUCUCUCUGCGGACACAAUGGCCAAGGAUAUUGGCAAAGUGGUGGAGGGGCUCUAUGGAGAGAACCCGCCUCCGAUCAUGAUUAUUGGACACAGCAUGGGUGGGGCCGUUGCAGUUCACACAGCCGCUGCCAAUCAUAUACCAUCCCUGCUUGGCCUCUGUGUCAUUGACGUUGUAGAAGGUACAGCAAUGGAUGCUUUGAACAGUAUGCAGAAUUUCCUCAGAAGUCGGCCAAAGACAUUUAAGUCUCUGGAGAAUGCCAUUGAGUGGAGUGUGAAGAGCGGCCAGAUCCGAAACAUUGAGUCAGCACGAGUGUCAAUGGGAGGCCAGGUGAAAAAAUGUGAAGAAUCCAGCAGCAGUCCAGGCGUGUCCAAUAGCAUUGAAGGUGUAUUAGAAGAGGAAGAAGAUGAAGAAGCAGAGGAAGAAUCCAAUAAGAAAAGGAUGAAGGAGGAUGACCAGGAGAUCAAAAAGGAAAGCAUCUUUACCUGGCGAGUGGACCUGUCAAAGACAGAAAAAUACUGGGAGGGCUGGUUCAGAGGCCUGUCUGUCCUCUUUCUCACUUGCCCUGUGCCAAAACUGCUACUGCUAGCCGGAGUGGACAGGCUUGACAAAGACCUUACUAUUGGGCAGAUGCAAGGCAAGUUUCAGAUGCAGGUCCUCCCUCAGUGCGGUCAUGCUGUCCAUGAGGACGCGCCUGAAAAAGUAGCAGAUGCUCUUGCAACAUUUAUGGUCCGGCACAAAUUCACUGAGUUUAAGGAAGGAUACCUGUGCUAAGUUCCUGUUUCUGUCUAAAUAAAGCCAGCAGCCAUAGAAGAAAAGAUUCAUCCACAUCCUCGUACAACUUAACAGCAAAUGUAGGAACUUAUGACUAGCACCAUUAUUAUUAUUAUUAUUAUUAUUAUUAUUAUUAUUAUUAUUAUUAUGUUGCUUUUGUUAUGUAGAUACUUUGCCUUUCAGCUUUGCCUUAUUUUUAUUUUAAUAUACUGGGAUUUGAUUGUACUUUUCCUUUACGAUAUAUAUUUUUUAAGUAAUAGUCUCCUUGUUUAAUGCUUUAUUUUGAGUGAUUGCAUCACUGUUAAUGUGUUUGUAAAGUUUGAAUUCAAACAAUGAUUAAAGAUGGAUGCAGCAAAUAUGUCACCCAUGCUUGUAUAUUUGGUAUGUGCAUUAAAAGGACAUCAUGAUUUUAAA